CUACUACAUCUUCAUCCCCUGCAUCACCUUCAGGAGGUUCUUCAGCUUCUGCUACUUCUACAGCACCAGGCACACGCAAAGAACUUCUACACCUUCAUCUUCAAGGAGAACUACAACUACAAGAUGAACAAGAAACCUCCACAAGAAUAAUAAGC